AUGCCUCAACCAGACUCCGAUCUAGAAGAGGAUGCUCUAAAGGAGGAUUUGAAGUUUUACUUCAUGAACCCAUGUGAAAAAUACAGAGCCAGACGUCAAAUCCCAUGGAAACUAGGUUUGCAGAUUCUAAAGAUAGUUAUGGUUACCACACAGCUUAUUCUUUUUGGUUUGAGUAACCAGUUGGUGGUUUCCUUCAAAGAGGAGAACACUAUUGCCUUUAAGCAUCUGUUUCUGAAAGGCUACUCCGGGGUUGAUGAAGAUGAUUAUAGUUGCAGUGUAUACACACAGCAGGAUGUUUAUGACAGCAUUUUUUUUGCUAUUAAUCAGUACUGCCAAUUAAAGAAUAUAUCCCUGGGCACACUUGGUUACGAACAAGAUGAAGACGAUGUGUCAGGCUUACAGAUCUGUAAACAACAGUACAAGAAAGACACAAUGCUUCCUUCCAAUGAUACGCUGAACAUAGACAUUGCCAUUGAAACAGACUGUAUUCACCUAGAGCCACAGAUGCUAGCCACUAAGAGGUCUGGUGAUUUGAAGAUGAUAAAUUCAUCAUUUUUCAACUUUGAAUUUUAUAGGCUUAUACAGGUUGAAAUCUCCUUUCAACUUAAAGGUAUUGAUCUACAAACAAUUCAUGCCAGAGAAUUGCCUGACUGCUACGCCUUUCAGAAUACUAUUACUUUCAACAACAGAGCCCACAGUGGUAAAGUAAAAAUUUAUUUUGAUAGUGAUGCUGAUAUUCAAGAAUGCAAAGACUGGCAUAUAUCUGGAUCUAUUCAGAAAAACAGUCAAUAUAUUCUGGUUUUUGAUGGAUUUGUCAUCGUAAGCUGUUUUGCUUCCCUUAUACUCUGCACACGAUCCAUUAUUCUUGCUCUGAAAUUGCAAAAAAGAUUUGUGAAUUUCUUCCUGGAAAAGUACAAACGCCAUGUCUGUCCUGCUGAUCGUCUGGAGUUUAUAAAUGGAUGGUAUGUCCUGGUGAUUAUCAGUGAUGUGAUGACAAUCAUUGGAUCUAUAAUGAAAAUGGAAAUAAAAGCCAAGAACCUCACAAGUUAUGAUGUUUGCAGCAUCUUACUUGGAACAUCGACUUUGUUUGUUUGGGUUGGAGUCAUCAGAUACUUAGGAUAUUUCCAGACAUACAAUGUGCUCAUUUUAACAAUGCAAGCAUCAUUGCCCAAAGUUCUAAGAUUUUGUUGUUGUGCUGGGAUGAUAUAUCUUGGCUAUACAUUCUGUGGCUGGAUUGUAUUAGGGCCUUAUCAUGAAAAGUUUGAAGAUCUGAACACAGUUGCUGAAUGUCUGUUUUCUUUGGUCAAUGGUGAUGACAUGUUUGCAACAUUUGCUCAAAUCCAGCAGAAGAGCACCUUGGUGUGGCUGUUCAGUCGAUUAUAUCUGUAUUCCUUCAUUAGUCUAUUUAUAUACAUGAUCCUCAGCCUUUUUAUUGCACUCAUUACAGACUCUUAUGACACCAUAAAGAAAUACCAGCAAAACGGCUUUCCAGUAACAGAUCUUCAUGAAUUCCUUAAAGAAUGCAGUAGCACAGACUAUAGCAAAGAACCACAGGCUUCCAUGCCUUUCAUCUGCUGUUGUAGGAGACGAGGAAGUGAUGACAACUUGAUACUUAUUAACUGACAACCUACUGCUGAAAGUCACUGCUCAAGAAUGUUCAGAAGGAACAAACUGCUGUGGAAAAACAACCCCCCAAAUUUCAAGAAGAUCUGUCAUUUGGGGCUAUUUCCUUGUAAACAUUAUGACCCUAUUUAAUUAGGUAGUUUGGGGAGGCGAGCAGGGCAAAAAGCUGCUAAUGGCUGGUGUUAGCUGGCUGACCACGUUGGAAGCUCAAAAGCUACCUUUAUUUGGACUAGAAUUAUGAAGAACUGAUGACGAUUCCCACUCUGUGUUCUACUGUCUUAGUCCUGAACCUGAGAGACACUGUCUGUGGGAGCUCAGCACCUUCUUCAGAUCAGGCCCCAAACUAACCAUCUGGUUCUUAAAUAUUUAUAUUAAGGAACAUAUUUAAAAAGAAUUAAACACACUUGUUUUUAAGUAGAAUGUUGAAUAUUGCAAUUAUUGGUAAGGAGUGUUUCAGGUCAUUCAUUUAAAGUGAUGUAUUGGAAAUGGAGAUUGUAAUUCUUAUUUGGCAUAAAACAUGAUUCAGUUGCUUGAAAUAAAUUUGUGUAAUGCAGAGCUGCA